UAUCAUUUUGAGUUGUAAUCGCGCGCGACUCACACAGUAUGUUGAACCCAUCUUCACUCACAUACUGUAACUGUGCUUCGGUACCUUUUAUGCCCUGCUCGACUGUUUUUCCGUCAUGGAACUGUCCUGUUCCUACCCCGAAUCUCGGGUAUGGGACAUCUUUAGACGGGAUGGCCACACACGGCGCGCUUGGGUUCGAGCAAAGAGACAGCUCCACAGAGCCAAGCAAAAGCCGAAGACUUAAAUUUGGGAUCGAAAACAUACUUCACGGAAAAACGUCGCAUCCAGGUAAGAAAAGACCUUAGAGUUGGUUCAGUGAGAGGACGACUAAAUGUAAAUUUUAAACGGCUUGAGAGUUCUUCCGGGAUACAAUUGAAUUUUAUUGCCUGAUCUUAUGGCUAAUCAUAAAUAAAAUUGGAUUGAAACGGGAAUCUAAACAUAUAAUGCAGGAGACUCAAAUCGUUUUUGCGUGAUCUUUCCGCAGUUGUCAUCGCAAAAAUAUUCAGUUUCAUGCACUGAUUUACCGAAUAUGUGAUAAUUCAGUUAUAGAUAAGAUUUUCUUCAGCCGCAACAUUUCAUAGCAAAUGUCUUUUCCUUGGCUGAAUGGGUAAUUGUUUGCAGCGCUUGAAGUUUGUACAAGAACGUGGAAACAUGAAAAUAGCAAAUUAAGCAAGGAAGUAGCGGAUUCCUCGAGCCUUCCAGCAGGAGCUUGAUUCCAGCCCGUGAACUUCAGUGAGUGUUUCUUGAUUUUCCGUUUUAAAGACUGAGGGUCUACUGUAAUAAUUUAUCGCAUCAAGAUCCAUCGGCAAUCUGUUAGUCGUUCCGUGCCUGAAGCCUUCGCAAACACUGCGACUAUAAACCGUAGUGUUGAUCAGAGUAAUCCUUACUGACCCAAGAGCAACUUUAUCCGAUGUUGAAGAGCUUCCAGUCGUCCACAACAACGUUUCUUAAUUGCUAAUAAUGUAACCACUUUCGCAGAAAACAGCACUCUUUUAGCAUUAGGGCAGGUAUGUAUGAAGCUAUUAGACUCAUGAAAAAAACGCAGCGGCCGUCACUUUGUGUACUGUUCGCUAUGUUCCUUGACUAGUUUGACGUGAUCUUCAGCAAAUUCAUUUUACAUCUUGGCUACAAUUUGAGCAGUUCUUCUUUAUAGUUAGUAAGCAGUUCAUAGACUGCGUUGAGACUUGAAAGGUCAAAGACAUUGUUUAGUAGCGGGAGACAUACAGUUCAGUGUGCUUCUUUUCAGUAAAAAGACGACUGAAAUGUAACUGUGGAAUUAUGGGGGAGGGGGGAGCUUGGUUUCAUGUCCUCUAUCCAGAGUCAACAAAUACAUUCAGUAAACAAAAGUGUUAACUAAGCAAAUCAUUGAUAUGUAUGUAGCCAUGUAAUAUUAGAGGGAUUCAACGCGAGACGGCAUAUAAUUCAACAAGUGAAACGAGUAGUUCUCAGAAACAAAAGACAAGCAAAUUUAUUUGAGGGGAAAACCUGUCAUAACUGGCUCUCUACCAAAACCUCUUCAGUCACAAAAAAGGUUGAAAUGCUAGAAAAGCCAAAAAAAAAAUUAUGAGUUAGUAUAAAGGUGCUAUUGAAGAGCUUUUAUCUGAAUAGAUUUCAUCCACACAAUAGGUCAGUAACACAAGUGAUUUCUGUUCCAACAAACGAUAGCAGCUCAGUUUCAACAAAUGUUGAGCACCGGGGUUGAGCAACAAUGUGCUAUUCCAAGUCAAAUGUUGAAAAACGCCAUUUAACUGACAUGCCUUGAGCGAGAAUAUAGAUCUCUAUUCUGGUUAAACAGGUUGCAACCCGUUCAGAACAACAACAUAGCUCGCCGUUUCGAGCGACAAAUCCUGAGCGAUGAUGAGCCGUGUAGGGUCCAUUAGCUUGACUUUUUAUAUCAUUGAGAAACAGAGCACAAUUUUCUUUUCGUUUGAUGUAAUAGUUGUCCACCGAUAUUUUCUGAUUACGAAGUUUUCAGCUGAAUUACAUCUAUGUAGGGGCUUAAAGGCCACAGACAACACUGUGUCCUGUUCAGCUGAGGCACUGUCUUAAUUAAUACGAAUGCACUGAAGAAGACUGAGCUUCUUUCUCCCAAUCGGAGAGAGAAAAAGAGAUAGGAUUAGCCAGCCCUCACUGAAGAUCUAAUUGCUAUAUACCAGAGGCACCCAAGGACAAAAACAAACCUUACUGCCAGAGAGGUCUUCCAAACAAACUAAUAAGUCCUAUAAACAAGUAACCUAGACUGUCCAAGAGGGUCAAACAACGACUGUUUUCAGACCUCCAUUUCAUGAACUAAGAGGUACGCGAGGUUUGAGCUUUGUAGCCGUUUUUUCUUUCUUUUUUUUUAAAGUUUUUUUCAAAACUACCGAGCUAAACCGUUUUCCCACCCAGCCCCGUUAAAUCAUUUAACGACCUUUAACGGGGCUGAAAACAUCAGAAGCAAGAAGUACUUUCUUAAUUUACAGUAGGUAGUAACGAGAAAACUACCGAGGCUCUGAAGUGAGUCUGACCUGGCAAAGUGGCAACGAGUGUGUCUCAUGAGACGCAGUUUCGGAGAGACCAUCAAAUAAACCGUGAACUUGCGAGCUGUACGUUCGUCUAUUUCACUAAAACAGCUGGGCUCUGUGCUCUCACAAAGAAAGAGAGGAAGAUCAGUCUCCAAUCGAAGACUGAUUUUCUUUUAACUUUAAGUGUGGAAUUAGAUUCUGGGGGUCUAAAGGAGUACAUUGUACCCCCAGGCUGAAUGAUCCAUGAAGAUCAUUCAUUUAGAACGUUAUUUUCACCCAAUUGCCUUCAGACAGUCUGUUCACCACGAGUUCCAAGUUUUCUAGCCCUUCCCCCUCUAGUCUCCCCCCUCGUUUUUUUUCCUUCGUGAAUUUUUCUCCCGCGCUCUACUGUCUGAACUCCUGGAACAGGCUAUAAAAAAGCAUUUGUUGAAUUGUCUUUAUUUGAAUUCAACAUUUUCUGUUUCUGUUUGAAAUGGGUUCAAACACCAACCUACUAGAGUAAAGUACACAAGAAUUUUUGUUAAAUUUGGUGAGUAACCUUCGACCAAGCAAUUUCGUGUAACUGUAUCUUUAAUUCCUACAUACACAGUAAGUGUUUUUAUAAUGUCGAGCCGCAAAAUGCGUUAAUAGUCUUAAUUAUUCAAGGGCAUUAUAGCUUUAAACCAUAAAAAUUAUAUACCCUACAGAAACCAAAUCCGAGAUAUCAUACUGCAAUCACGACAUAGGAAUUUAAAAAUUUUUAGUGAUUUUAAUGUCUUUUUUCCUGAAUUAGUAGGUAUACAAAUUCUUACUCUAAAAGAUUCUUCUUGUGUUACUAUCAGCAACAACUCAGCAACUAAAAAUACCGCAAAGACUUGUAUUGUAAUUUUGUGGUCUUUAAAGAUCAUCACCUGUGACUCAAUGAGUGUUAGCUUCCAAUCUCAAAACAAUUGGAAAAAGAGACAACACUAUUAGCUAGCAACGAGACGGAGUAAUUGUUUGAUCUGUUUGUUGAAUAUUGAGAGGAUAUAAAACAGGCCUUUUUAGAACAGUUAUAGUCAAGAAAUUUGUUUCAGCGUAUUCUAUUCAAAUUUAUGAGAAAAGGAAUGGCCAACGUAAAUUGACAACAGCUACUACCCCGGCCAUUGGGUCGACAUGGUUUUUUGUUUGCCAAUCAGUUCAGGGCGAUUCGUUUCUAAGGCAGGUCAGAAAUUUCAUUUUAUCAUCAAAACUAGACGUAAUCGUUAAUUGAUAAGAAAUUUCUUAUCAAUGACCGGGUUUGGUUUCAGCUAAUGCCACUGUAAAUGUGGAAGGCAUUUAUAUUUAUUUGUCUUGAUAGUGCGAAUGAAAAAUUUAAUAGCACUCGACCUCUUUCACAUAUCCGCAACCCCACCGCGCCUUAGGAUCUGCGUUUAUUAUUAUUUCAGACUUUUUUGUGUGUGUGAAGAUUCUCCGAUAACACAGUCACGAAAAAACGUAGUUACUUUGCAAAAGAACGUUUAGUAUUUUUUUUCUCUGAGUUGCGACGGUAUCGUCAACUUUUUUAAUUUUCUCACUGUUUCCUACUGUGACUGUCAACGAACUUACUGACUUGUAGUUGCAAAGUUCAGCCCUUGGGCAUCGAUUUCUCAGGUGAGAUGUAAGAAAUACAGUUGACUAAUGUCACUAUCAAAACGAAUUUUGAGCAAGGGCACGUACUACAUCCAUGACAUGUAAAUAAAAUAAAACAUAAACCAAAAUCUUCGCAAACUUGUUGUCAAAGACUGGAUGUACUGGGUACAGCACUUACUAUAAUAAAUGCUCAGAUUUGUAAAUGUCUUUAUCUCCCGGUACGAUUAAAAAAAGUUGCGUGUUAAAAUUUGUUAAUACCUGCAAAGUGAUAUUUGAUGAAAUCGGCCUAGCAAGUGAAAUCUUCUUAAAACGAAUUCGAUGGUGAUCAUUCGGCUUCUCGAUCGACUGAUAUUGAUCCCGGCCUGAAGGUUUAAAAAUCACUCCCCGCUCACGUGGUAAUCCCGGAAUUCAUUAUAUUGAGAUCAAGAAUUUCUGUGGUUGUUCAUUCUGGUCUUCUGCACUGAACAUUACAUUGUUUAAUUUAACUCAAUACAUAAGAGGAAUUGCACCCGCUUUCUAGUCUCUCACAAUUUUAUGCAAGUUUGACCCAAACAGGGUCUGUUCCGACCCUUGAUUAAAGGGUUGCAAAAUAUGGUUGACUAUGCGCUUGAGCGAUGAAUAUUGGUAUUGCUUAUAAAUACAGAUAAAAGUUUGUUCAACUCCAGAAUCGAAGACCGCCUCUCCGCAGUCUUCAUCAGCAUGUCGUCAGUGUGAUAUCGCGAAAAUAAAACUUGAGCCACUGGUUUUCCUGCGCUAUAACUAGACAAGACCCCCAGAAAAGUGUUUGAUCUGGUUCACGGUGCCGGGUCAUGCUAUAAAAUAUUCCUUUAUGAACCUAAACGGAGUCAAACCUCUAACCAUUUGAACUUGAGUUAAGUCCCCCCAAGAAACAGAGUCCCUUCUAUAAGGGGAUUUUUCAUUCAGUCGAGAGACCAAGGGGGAAAAUCGGCAACAUUGGGGGUAGUUAACACCACUUAAAAGGGAUUUUAGGAAAUAUCCCUUCACAUCUUAUAAGCUCAAGACGCCCGGAAUGCCAAAAUAUGUCAAUAGUAUUCUCAGCAAGUGUUGGAAGAUUCUGUCUUGUCAUUCAAUGCACGUACGGUCUUGACUUUAAAUGGAUCGACUGGUUACGAGUUGAUAUUAAAACAGCGAUACAACCACCUUAGAACUGGUACCCAUUCUAAUAUGUCUGUCAGGACGCUUAAUUCUUUGAGGGUACUAAAAGGUCAGCGAUGGUUUAAUUCUUAUAAUGAAAGUAAAGCCGGAUACCCGAGAUAAGCUAACAAUGCAUGCAGAGCGAUUUAUGUGUUUGUCUCGGUUUUGCGGUUGACAAACUCGUGUUAAUUGUGGUAAUUGAAACUUAUGCAUUUUCGAGCACGUCUUUGCUUUGGGAAGGUGAUAACUAUAUUAAAGAUUACUGGCGACAUCUUUUAAGUGGUAUUUCUUCUUCUUGCACAUUAGCAAUUAUCCGUCAAAAUUGCUGCAGGACGUUCGCGAAACGUGACAAUCAUUUUUCAGGUCACAAGUGAUCACUUAAUUUUAGUUAAUUUGUCAGUUCUUUCUUUUUUCAGAACACCAGGAAUUCCGUUUUCCUGAUUUUCCGUUUCUGUGGAAUGAAGGCCUUAAUUUCAUUACUCAUCAGCCCUUUUACACCCCGCCCAUGCGCACUUCCACCCGUCCUUGGUGUCGUCCAGUCUUCACCCAGCUGCAACGUCGAGGCCUGGAAAAGCGUUUCCAAGCAACUAAGUACGUCACUAAACGAGAGCGGCUUCAGAUCGGCGCCAUGUUGGGUUUGUCCGAAACACAAGUGAAAGUUUGGUUUCAAAACAGAAGAACAAAGUGGAGGCAUGAGGCAGCAAAGAAAGAGAAGAAAGAAGAAAAACAAUUAAAGGAGCAAAGCUCAGCAAAAACGAACAAUUGUGUCCAGAAAGAGGAACUGAAGGAAGAGAAAGAGGAGGAAGAGGAAUAAUUUGAAACUUCAAAUGGAAGAGAACUUCGCAACAUAUAAAAAUGUAAUGGUAAUCUAAUAACAACAAUAACAGUAAUGAUGAUGAUAGGGAAUACUGUAGUACUCAUUCGAAACCAUCAUCAUCUGGUCAAAAGAAGAGUUAGAGCCUUAAAGUUUCUUUACAUGCUGCUAGCGAGCGUUAGAACGGGACAUCUUGUCUUAAAAGGAUUUUUUCAUAGCAGUAACAGAGACAGGAUAUGGAAGCAUUCCAUCCAUAAUUAAGUCUACUCUCCUUCCUUACGAAUCUGAAGGAAUCCGAGACUGAAGAAAGACGAAAGCGUUGGAGGAGGUCGUUGAUGUACGUUAAAGAAAAAGUAACUUAAAUUUAAGCGGUCUUAAAAAAAUCAAUUUAUUAUUUUAACACUUACACAACCUACAAAAACACGACGACCAGUUUUACACAAGCAUGUAAUCCAGUCUUAUCUUGUUUUGUGUCUGUCUCGUUCUUCAGUAAACAAUAGACUAUAAUACAGCGCCUUCGUUUUCUUUUUUUGCCAAGGAUCAGGCCUAACAUAGCCUAAAAGUAAACCAAUUCCAACUCGUAAAAAAUAGAGCGAGAUAUUAAAAUACCUGGACUUAAAGAUUCCCUAAGCAGCCUGCUGUCAACUUUGUCCUCAUUCAAAAUUUGGCAACAUAGCAAAACAUUUACGGGAAACAUAUUGAAC